GAGCCGCCGGCCCCGCGCUCUGGAACCGGCUUCUAAAGUAAACAGGGCGCCCGCUCCGCCCCGGCGCGGCCCCGGCGGCCGCGAUGGCCGAGGCCAGCCCCAGCGCCGCCUCGUACCAGCGCAUCACCCGCUGGAUAGCUGAUAAUUUCUGUGUAUGUGAAGGAUGCAGUGUGCCCCGUUGUCUACUGUAUGAAAUGUAUGUAGAAAACUGCAGUCAAAAUGUCAAGAAUCAAGUAAAUCCAGCCACCUUUGGAAAGCUUGUUCGGUUAGUUUUCCCAGGUCUGGGGACAAGAAGGCUGGGCACAAGAGGGAGUGCCAGGUAUCAUUAUGAUGGAAUAUAUGUCAAGAAGAGUUCUUCCUUUUAUGCACGUUAUUGUUCUCUUCUGUCUGAAAAAAGUUAUCACAGGCACCGUGUUUCACAGGAAAGGGACAGUUCUCCAUGCCAGUCAAGCACAUGUAUGGGUGCUGGUGGAGAUGCCUGCAGUUCUGGAGAUGCAGCUGAUUGCAAGAGCAAUAGCCAAGAAAAAGGAACAAAUGAAGAAAACAGUUUUGAAUACUCAUUACCUGAAUUCAGGAGACUCUAUUCUUGGGAGCAAGAGCUAGGGAAGAAACACCCCUAUGAACUGGUUGCUCUGCUUGCAAAUGAGUAUUGUAGCUAUUGUCAAGAUAUUUUACAGAAUGUGAGAAAGGAAGAGCUUGACAAGGUUGAAGACUCUAUCAUAUCAUUCUGGAAGUCUUUGCAGCCUGAAACAACAAAACUUAUGUCAUUGCCAGAUGUGUGCCAGCUGUUCAAAUACUAUGAUAGGCAGCUGUUCAAGGAAAUGGAGAACAUUCUACUUAAUGAUUUCCUGGAGGAUGUGUCUAUACAAUACUUGAAAUCAAUCAGAUUGUUCAGUAAAAAUGUUAAAUUUUGGCUGCUUAAUGCUUUGGAAGAGUUUCCAUUACUGCUCCGAAAGUCCAAAUUUAAAGAAGUUACAGUGUUUGUAAAAAGACUCAGAAGAAAGACAUAUCUUUCUAAUAUGGCCAAGACAAUGAGAAUAGUCUUGAACAACAACAGCAAAGUGACUGUUCUAAAAUCAGACUUGCAUGCUGUCAUCGAUCAGGGAUUUGUGGAUAUUCAUGGAAACCCCUUUCAAAAGAAGUUAAGGAAUCCGGAUGAACUGCAGAAUGACAUAGAACUCAAAUGCUUGAAUGACUUAAUAGCUUUGCUGGACACUUCUACAGAUAUUGGGAUUUUCCUGAACUGUAUGUCUUCAAACCUUCAGGCUUUUGUCAUUCAGCCAAGCAAGAAUAAAGAAGAGUUUAAAAAAUUGGCAGCUAAUUUCCAGCUCAGAUGGAACUUCCUAUUAACUGGAGUAAGCAAAGCUAUGACACUCUGCCGUACAGUCAGUUUUGGAUCCUGGCAUUUGUUUCAUUUGCUCCUCUUGGAAUAUGUUGCUCACAUUUUCCAGUCCCAUCUAGAGGAGGAGGGAGAUGAAAAUCUCUGUGUCAUAGAGCAAAAUGACUCAACUGUUCUGUUGGUUCAUGAGCCCGACCAUCUUUUGGACAAUUUUGCAGAGCAGCAAUCUCAAAUCAAAGCCCCACAGCCAACUCCCAUAACUUUGAUGCAGAGCCAGAGCGAUGUCAGUUUAAGCAACAUUUUUUUCAGAGUUCUGAGUUGUUUGGUGGACACAGACACAGGCAGCAAGCUCAUUCAGGUCAUGUUGGAAGACAGAAUUACUAAAACUUCUGUUAAGUUGGAUCUUCCAAUUGGAAAGGAAGCACUUAUUACUCUAAAAGAUGGACAGAAAUUCAUUAUUUGUGCCUCUGAUGCACAGCAAAUCUCCACAGAAGACCAGUCUGAUUUUUGAAAAUUAUUUA